UGUCAGGAAGAAGACACAAUAGGGCUUUUUAGGCCAGUCGUGAGAAUGCGACCCAUGGGCGAUGAAUGAUUCAGCCCCGCCAGUGAAGCGUCCGCAGGUGUCUCACCUGCGCGAACUGGCCGCAUGCAGGCGCUUACACGGUCAUGCAGAAUAAAGUGCUCGCGUCCAAAGAAGCGUGUAAAGAGGCAGCAUCCGGAUCAUCAAUGGAAGAGUAGUUGAUGUACACACCUGAUCUGUGUAUGCUAUGGGGAACUGCUGGGCGCAAUGUUUGGGGCUCUUUAGAAGGGAAGCAAACAGAAUCCAAAGAGGAGGAGGUUUGAGAACCUAGUGGAGAGUGAUGAGGGUGAGAGCUCGCAAAGCUGCCUCAGCACUGUAUUUCACUGGACCAUGUUGACAUGUUCAUUUCACUCAACAAAAAUGUAUAUUUGAAGACUCUUGAACCCAUCAGCGAGGAGGAGAUUUGCCACUUGAAGAAGCAUCGCUAUGCUGCUAUCUCAGACAAACAGGUUCUAAUUGACGAAAAGCUGAAUGCCGAGUUAGUGGCAGAAGAGGAGAAGUUAAGGCUAGAAGAGGAGGCAGUAUUUGCAGCCCAGCGCGAGGCAGCGCGGCUCGCUAAGGAGCAAAAGCUUAAGGAGAGGAAGCAGCAUCAACAGAGGACCAAACCCAGAACAGAACCAGAAGGCAAUGACCCUCGGCCCAAACCUAAACGGUCAGAUGGCGAGUUCGAGGUGUACCUGCAGAGUGUGAAAGCUCCGUCGGAAGUGUGUCGCAGUAACAGACUGAGCUCAGAGACUAACGUGGUGACCCCGAAUACGGAGAGCAGCUGGGACUUCACCAGUAAAACUGACGCCACCUCACUGGACUUGGAGUGGGAGGAUGAGGAGGGAAUGAACCAGAUGGGUCCUGCAUGGGAGCGUUCCAAAACCGAAGAGGACAUUUUACGGGCGGCGCUUCGUCCUGGCAGGAAACAGCUGGGCAGCGGCCCCACCUCCACCUCUGAGGACUCCAACGCUCUGGAGUGGGAGAACGACUUUGUCAGUGCACAUCCUGAGGACAGUGGUGAUCAUGGCGAUGAGGACUUUGAAGGAUUUGUUAAUCCAGUACUGGACAUGCCCACCGAGGAGACAGAGCUUAAGCCUAGCUCUGACCAACAAGAGAGAGAGUCCUCAUAAGACUACAGUGAUGCAUUACUCAAGUUCAGUGUAAUAUCACUACGGAGAGUUCAGGCGAAAAUGACAAUACGGAUGUAAUUCUCAGAGCACUAACAUGAUGAUUGUUAAGAAAAAAUACAAGGAACUACCCACAUCAAGAACCGUUUCAUUUGAUUUGUAUUUGGUCUUUGAGUGAAACUCUCGAAAACAUGUCCAGGUCACGUUCCAUAUCAAAAUCAAAGGAAAAAAUAUAUGUAUUUUUCAGAGACAAUUCAUAGGUCCAUUGAGAGAUUUUUCAUUGUGACAGUACCUUCGCACAGUGAAAUUCUGCAGGCGAAUAUAGUCGUCUCAAUCUGCGUGAUCUUGAAUUUCACAUGACUUCCAGUAGCGAAGAAUUUCCCAUCGCGGAUUUCGUGUGGAGUUCAAGUUUGGUGAACUUUGACAGGUGAAAUCGCCACGUUGACCAAUAGGAAGUUGCUUGGUUUGGCAGUGUGGGCGGUGCUCCGUAGAAAGCUACACUGAAUAUUCACAAUGCACAAUGAUAUUUCAGUGGCGAGUUCUUUUUAACUUCACUCUUCCAGAGAAUAAGUGCAGCAUUAAAAGAGACUUCUUGACAAUUCAUUUUUUACUGGUUUCACAUGCGCUCGACAUCUGCCCACGCCUCCUUCAGCCGCGGAAUUUCGCUGUGCAAAGGUAAAUGUGACCACGCCUUUAAGCAAAUUUCUCCCCAAAUUCUGUCAUGUGAUUGUCAUUAGAUUCUCAUAACUAUAUUUUGUUUUUACACAAAAAUACAAUACAGCAUUUUCUUUAAAUAAGAAAAAAAUACUUUAAUGGAAUUAUUUUAUUUAAAUCAGCAUACAUUAAUGGCAAUAACUUUUUUUUUUUUUUUUUUUUUGUAUUUCAGUAAAGAGAAUGGGACAGGUUAUAAAUUGUAAAAUUAAUUAAAAGGCAAAUUUAAGAUUAUAAAUAUCAUGAUGCAAAGCAUUUUUAUUUAUUUAUUUUUUUUUUUUUUAUUAAAUAUGAAAUAUGAACCAGACACAUUCUUGAGUUUCACCCCAUUAGUUUCUGGGUUUUUAAAUCUCAAAUCUAGAAACUUAAAGGGAUAGUUUGUAAUUCUCUCAUCAUUUACUCACCCUUAUGCCAUCCCAGAUGUGUAUGACUUUCUUUCUUCAGCAGAACACAAAUGAAGAUUUUUAGAAGAAAAUCUGUUCUUUUGGUCCAUACAAUGCAAGUGAAUGCAACAUUUUGAAUCUCCAAAAAUCAAAUAGGUCCACAUAAAAGUAAUCCAUAUGAUUCCAGUGGUUAAAUUAAUGUCUUCAAAAGCGAUUUGAUAGGUGUGGGUGAGAAACGGUUAAAUAUUUUAUUCAAUUUUUACUAUAAAUUCUCCUUCCUGCUUAGUCAAUCUCCACUUUCACCAAAAACACAAGAAGAAGAUUGUGAAAGUUAUUCAGAUUAUUUAUGCAUAUGAUCCCUACUGGGCAGGGAGAAGAAUUUCUAGCAAAAAUGGACAUACAUAUUGAUCUAUUUCUCACCCACACCUAUCAAAUCACUUCUGAAGAUAUGGAUUUAACCACUGGAGAAUUUUAUGCUGUCUUUAUGUGCUUUUUGGAGCAUCAACAUUUUGGCACUCCUUUUACACUUGCAUUGUAUGGAGAGCUGAGACAUUCUUCUAAAAAUCUUAAUUUGUGUUCUGCAGAUGAAAGUCAGACACAUGUGGGAUGGUAUGAGGGUGAGUAAAUGAGAUAAUAAAAUGUUUUGGUGAACUAUCCCUUUAAGAAGUCAUUAAAGGGGUCAUGACAUGAGGAAUCAAAUUUUCCUCAAUCUUUUGACAUAUAAUUGGUCAUUGUAUUAUAAAAACACACCGUCGGUUUCAGAACUCAACACUUCCCCCUCGUUGCGAAAAGAGCAUUUUUGUAAAACCAAGCUGCCAAAACGACUCGUUCUCUUCUUGCCCCACAUUGUGAUGUCACACUGUGGUAGACAUUUGCACAGCAGCACAUCAAUGUCUACUUUACCAUUAAUCACUUCUGUAGCCCUCCCAGCAACUGUGAGCAGUGAGAUGGAAAGUAGAGAGCAGGUUAGUCAAGAGCAGAGAGCCAAUCAUAACAGUGUGCGUUUACUGUCAAGUCUUAAAGGAGAUGCAGCACCAAAACCGAGUGUUUCUGACAGAGGGUCCGAAUGAAGUUCGGACAUGUUUUACAAAUAUAAAACUGUUUUUUGUGCAAAAAAAAAAACUUUACAAACAUUAUAAGUAAACCUCAAGGAGCAUAUUAAAAUAAUAAUAAAUAAGGCAUGUCAUGACCCCUUUAAUGUUUCAUGAGACAUUCAGCCUUAUUUCAGAAGAUUAUCAUGGAACUGAAUCAAGUGCAAUUUUAGAAGAGUUUCCUGGCAGCAUGUUAAGAUCACUCAGAUGAGCCGCAGAUCUUUUCCAAAACCAUGGAAACCUUUCAUUCAGCUUAUCAUCUAAAGUUUGAAACCAUCAUGGAGUCAGGCACUGGUCUGAUGACACUGAACAAUGUUUUAAGGAAAAAGACUUGUUGCUUGAAUGGAACAGUCAAAUUAGAGAAUGUUGAAGUUCCACAAGUGCUGUUAACAUAUAAAAUCACUGUUUGUCUGCCUGCAAAAUGUCUGUGGGUCAAAGGGUUAGUGAUAGUUUUUAAAAGCAGCCAGUGAGUUUUCUCUAUACGUAUUUGCAACUGCUUUUUUUGGACAACAUGGGCAGGAAAGAGGGAAAAUACUUUAAUGUAGCACAAAUCUAGAUCUGCUACCUCAGGUUUUGAUAAUCCUGAUGUUAUUGAAUGAAUCCAUUAACUGCUGUCUUACUGAGUCUAUGAAAUAUUAGUGAAUUAAUGGAGAAUAUAUCUUAUAUUAAUUGCUAUAUUGGUUUACAUUUUUGAAAUGUAAGGACAGAUCAUAUUUCAACUGCAAUACAGACAGUUUUAUAGGGAAUCUGUGGAUAAUCAUAAAAUUGUCAUAUCUGCAUAAAAAAUAAAAAUAAA